CAACAACCACAGCUGCUCCAACAACAACAACCACAGCUGCCCCAACAACAACAACCACAAUGGCUCCAACUACAACAACCACAGCAGCUCCAACUACAACAACCACAGCUGCCCCAACAACAACAACCACAGCUGCCCCAACGACAACAACCACAGCGGAUCCAACAACAACAACCACAGCUGCCCCAACAACAACAACCACAGCUGCUCCAACAACAACAACCACAGCUGCCCCAACUACAACAACCACUGCGGCUCCAACAACAACAACCACAGCUGCCCCAACUACAACAACCACAGCUUCCCCAACUUCAACAACCACAGCGGCUCCAACAACAACAACCACAGCAGCUCCAACUACAACAACCACAGCAGCUCCAACAACAACAACCACAGCUGCCCCAAGUACAACAACCACAGCUGCUCCAACAACAACAACCACAGCUGCCCCAACAACAACAACCACAAUGGCUCCAACUACAACAACCACAGCAGCUCCGACUACAACAACCACAGCAGCUCCAACUACAACAACCACAGCUGCUCCAACAACAACAACCACAAUGGCUCCAGCUACAACAACCACAGCUGCCCCAACUACAACAACAACUGUGGCUCCAACAACAACAACCACAGGGGCUCCAACAACAACAACCACAGCUGCUCCAACAACAACAACCACAGCAGCUCCAACAACAACAACCACAAUGGCUCCAACUACAACAACCACAGCUACUCCAACAACAACAACCACAGCUGUGCCAACUACAACAACCACAGCUGCUCCAACAACAACAACCACAGCUGCUCCAACUACAUCAACCACAGCAGCUCCAACAACAACAACCACAGCUGCCCCAACAACAACAACCACAGCUGCCCCAACGACAACAACCACAGCGGAUCCAACAACAACAACCACAGCUGCCCCAACAACAACAACCACAGCUGCUCCAACAACAACAACCACAGCUGCCCCAACUACAACAACCACUGCGGCUCCAACAACAACAACCACAGCUGCCCCAACUACAACAACCACAGCUUCCCCAACUUCAACAAUCACAGCGGCUCCAACAACAACAACCACAGCAGCUCCAACUACAACAACCACAGCAGCUCCAA